GGUCUGGCGAAAUCUUCGCAUUUAAAACAUCUGUCAAUGGAACAAUGUUUAAUAGGAGACAAGGGAAUAGAAUUGGUAUGUAAGGCUAUAAAACAGUCAGUGAAUAUCAACUCUGUUAAUUUCUCAGCCUGUAAUUUAUCAAGUCACGGAGCUGAGUCUAUAGUAUCUGUUAUUAAGCAUCAAGCCAUGAAGCGUCACAGUGAAGCGUGGGGAGAUAGUUUACGAUAUCGUAGACCCGAUUUAGAUCGUAUGCCUGGAAUACGACGAAUAACUCUCAAUGAUAAUCCGUUAAUUGGUGAUCAGGGAGCCAUGUCGUUAGCGGAUGCUCUGAAAGAUGAUUUAUGGCUGAAAGCAUUAGACCUACAGUCAUGUGGUAUAUCUACUACUGGGGCUAGAGCGUUAUUAGACGUCCUAGAAUAUAAUACUACCAUAGUUAUUUUAGAUGUCAGAAAAAACUCUCUGAUAGGUACGUAG